UAAACAACAACCAUGAUGAUUUCUGAGUCCCUCUUGUCAGUUCUGAGUUUCUUCCUCUGUGCUUGCCUUUUCAAAGUCUUGUUUGAGAGAAGAAAAAAGCCCAAGGCCCACUUGAAGCCCCCUCCAAGCCCACCGGCAUUACCCAUCAUCGGUCACCUCCAUCUGCUUAAACCCCUAAUCCACCACGCCUUCCAAGAACUUUCUCUCCGAUAUGGGCCUCUUAUCUACCUUCGAAUAGGUUCUGAGAAGUUCAUUGUUGCAAACACCCCUUCACUCGCCAAAGAAUUUCUCAAAACCAAUGAGCUCACAUACUCUUCUCGCAAAAUGAACAUGGCCAUCGACAUGGUUACCUACCACAACGCCACGUUCGCGUUUGCGCCUUACGACACUUACUGGAAGUUCAUGAAAAAGCUCAGCACCACCGAGCUCUUGGGAAACCGAAGCCUUCAUCAGUUCCUACCGCUUCGGACAAGGCUCGUUCGCGAAUUCGUUCAAACUCUGUUCCGAAAAUCGCAGGCCAAAGAAAGCGUGAACCUCACGGAGUCACUCAUGAGGCUUUCCAACAACGUGAUAUCGCAGAUGAUGCUCAGCAUCACGAGCUCCGGAACAGACAGCCAGGCAGAGCAGGCACGUGCGUUGGUUCGUGAGGUGACGCAGAUUUUCGGAGAGUUUAACGUUUCGGAUUUCAUAGGUUUCUGCAGGAACUUGGACUUGCAAGGUUUCAAGAAGAGGGCAUUGGAUAUACACAAGAGGUACGAUUCUCUGCUGGAGAAGAUCAUCUCUGAUCGUGAAGAACUGCGAAGGGAAUCGAAGGUUGAGCGUUGUGAAGAUGGAGAAGAGAAAGUGAAGGACUUUCUCGAUAUUUUGCUGGAUAUUGUUGAACAGAAAGACUUGGAGGUUGAGUUAACUCGGAACCAUGUCAAAUCCUUGAUCUUGGAUUAUUUCACAGCAGCUACAGACACAACUGCUAUAUCAGUAGAGUGGGCAAUAGCAGAACUGUUGAACAAUCCAAAAGUGUUGCAGAAAGCACAAGAGGAGGUGGACAAAGUCACUGCAAACAAGAGAUUACUGUGUGAAGCAGACAGUGCAAAGCUUCCUUAUAUCCAUGGCAUCAUAAAAGAAACACUGAGGCUUCAUCCACCAAUACCAAUGAUUAUGAGAAAGGGAACCAAAGACUGUGUGGUUGAUGGAAACAUGAUUCCAAAGGGUUCAACAGUGUGCCUAAACAUUUGGGCUAUGGGGAGGGAUCACAGUGUCUGGGAGAAGCCUUUGGAGUUUAGACCAGAAAGGUUUGUAGAAGGUGAAGGAAAGGAUUUGGAUCUGAAAGGUCACCAUUUUGAGUUGUUGCCAUUUGGGAGUGGAAGAAGAGGGUGCCCUGGUAUGCCUUUGGCCAUGCGUGAAUUGCCUACGAUCAUUGGAACACUGGUGCAGUGUUUUGAGUGGAAGAUGUUUGGUCCUGAAGGUGAAAUCCUGGAGCAUGGAAGAAGCAGAAUCAAUAUGGAUGAACGUCCAGGGUUGACUGCUCCAAGGGCCAAUGAUCUUAUAUGCAUCCCUGUUGCACGAUUAGAUCCUACACUUUUUCAUCAACUCUAGUUAAUUAUCCAUGCAAAUUGUGACACCCAAGUUAUAUAUAUAUAUAUAUACAUGCAUCACAGUUUGUAUUUCUUCUUUCUGCGUCUGAGAUUAUGGUGUGUAUGAGUUGGAAAAUGCUCUUUGAAACUGUAGUUUGGACUGUAAUUUACGUGAGAUUAUUAUGAUGAAGGCAUGAGCAUGGAAUAUGUAAUAUUUUCAUAUAUAAU